AUGUAUCUUAUUUUUGUAAAUCAGGCAAAAAUCUCAGCCUUCCCGGUGGCACCCAGUGCUGCUCAGCAGGGUUUUUUGCUUUUGUGUGUGGGGUUUUGUGUUUUUUUUUUUUUGUUUUUUUUUUUUAAGAAAGCGGCAUGCGUAGCCGUUUCCACGUCCUCGCUUCUGUGUAAGCUCCACUGGAGUCAGAAGCUGCCCGUUCUCCCGGGGCCCCAGCCACUCCUGUCUCUGCAGGCCGAGCCGCCGGUUCUGCAGGACGGAGGUCAGAAUAAACAAGUGGCCCCGCGCGGAGCGGCAGCCUGA